GCAGCAAUUUUCAGUUUAAUUUGUGUGGAAUGUAUCAGAUAGGAAAUCUCAAUUCAGUUAGUGUUAGUUUCGAAUGACGCGGUGCGUAGUAAUUCGCGCCAGUUUGAUGUCUGUCAUGAUCUGACAGCAGACGAUGGUGAAGUCUGCAGAUCUUCGUUUGAAUUCAAAUUAAAUUUCUGUCUAAAAUAUCAGAUGCGUGUAUAAUUGCAUCGAUGUCCCGAGAUAACAAACUACAGUCGUGCAAAACGAAAUUAUAACGUCGAUGCUUGGACCACGAUUGAAAUAUUGUUAAAGUGGUUGAACAUCUGUAAAGUAGUGCACAAGCAACAUGGAAGUGCUGGAUCCUAGUGUCUCGCGAGAUGACCAGCCUUUAUGCAUUAAUGAUUCUUUAGAAAAAGUUACUCUACCGGAAGUAUUAUCAGAUACAAAAUCAUGUAUGAAAGCACGGUAUACAUUUGGUUUUUUAGGAUUCCUAGGGUUUGCUUUAGUAUAUGCCAUGAGAGUAAACUUAUCUGUUGCCAUUGUCGCAAUGGUUAAUCAGACAGCUAUACCGCAUACCGAUGAUAAUGGUACUACCGAUGUUUGCCAUAAUUACAAACCAAUUAAUGGAACAUUUAUUCCAAGUGCAGGAAAGUUUGCCUGGGAUGAAAAAACCCAAGGUAUUAUAUUGGGUGCUUUUUUUCUUGGCUAUGUAAUUACAAAUGUACCAGGUGGCAGAAUGGCUGAGAUAUAUGGGGGAAAACUAAUUUAUGGAUUAGGUGUAUUUCUGACCGCAGUAUUGACUGUAGUUAGCCCUUUUGCAGCAUAUGCAGGAUUAGUCCCAUUUUUAGCUGUACGAGCAGCGGAAGGGUUUACAGAGGGUGUUACAUAUCCUGCAAUGCAUAGUAUGUUAGCACGCUGGGUACCUCCUUUAGAAAGAAGUAAAUUUGCUGCUGUAGUAUAUGCAGGAGCAAAUUUUGGAACUGUUAUAUCAUUACCAAUGAGUGGAUGGUUGUGUUCAUUAGAACUUUCGGAUGGAUGGCCACUUGCAUUUUAUUUGUUUGGAGGGCUUGGAAUUGUAUGGUAUGCAUUUUGGCUAAUUUUUGUGUUCGAUACACCAGCAUUGCAUACGAGAAUUGAUCCCCUGGAAAGAGCAUAUAUCGAAGCUAGCGUGGAAAAGGCGAAUGAGGAAAACGAUGUUGGAGUACCUUGGUUAUCGGUAUUCACAUCGUUGCCAAUGUGGGCUAUAACGAUAACACAAUGCGGACAGUCAUGGGCAUUUUAUACUCUUUUAACCGAGUUACCAACAUAUAUGGAUAAAAUUUUACAUUUUGAUGUUCAGCAGGACGCAUUUCUAUCGGCACUGCCUUAUUUAACCUCUUGGUUGGUCGGACUUGGUAUAUCAAGUUUUGCAGAUGCCCUUCUUGCCCGUGAACUUUUAUCCCCUUUAGCAUCAUUUAAAUUGUGGAAUACAGUGGCUUCAUUAGGACCCAGCCUCAGCUUUAUCGGUGCUAUCUGGGCUGGAUGCGAUCGUAUGACUGUAAUGAUGAUGAUCGCUGGCUUGGGCUCUUUGCAGGGUGCAAUUUAUGCUGGAAAUCAAAUGAAUCACAUUGCAUUAGCACCACGAUAUGCCGGGACCCUUUACGGACUCACAAAUGCUGCAUCAAAUGCUUGUGGUUUCUUAGCACCAUAUGUUAUUGGAAGAUUAGUUCAAGGACAUGAAACGCUAGCGCGUUGGCAUACUGUAUUCUGGUUGGCAGCAGGAAUAAAUAUGGCAACCAACUGCUUUUACUUAAUCUUUGCAUCUGCUACAGAGCAACCGUGGAGUAAAGGUAGCAGUUGAUGACAAAGUUUCAUUAGAUGCGAAAUAUUUAACAUGUAAAAUAAUUUAUCAUUAGACAGAGUCGCUCAUUUUAAUUUGUUAACACCUUUGCUGUGGUUGACACGGAUCCGCGUUAUUCGUGACCUUCGUGCAUAGCGGCAUUCUCAUAACGCAGCGAAUGUGUUAAUAAGAUUCUAAUAAUUUUUGGUCAUAUAAGUACGAAUUUUUCGUUUCGAUGUGUUUGUAAACAAAGAGGCUUUGGAUUGGUCAAAUUUAUCCUUUUUAUUCAUUUUCAUUACUGCUUUCUUUGUUACUAUAUUGACAAAGUAUUGUCUAUACUCCACGUUUGACAUUCCAAAGAAGCUAUUCGCAUGACAAUAUAACUUUUGACAAUGUUUUAUUUUUCAUAUUUAAUGCAAUUUCAUAACAAUUAGAUUGAAAUAAAAUUAAUAUUAUCUUAA